GGGGUAAGACUGCCGAUGGGGAGGCGUGGUCCAGGUUCCCUGAAAUCGUCCCUUAGCGCGCCAGGCACCAUGUACCGUUCACUCCGGAUCUUCCUCCUGCCUAGCAGGCUUUUGCAGCCCUCUCCUCCAGGCCCCGCGUGCGCCGCCUGCGCCCUGCAGCGGCCUCCGAUCGCCGUUCGAAUGGCAAGCCAAGACUCAUUCCGGAUUGAGUAUGAUACUUUUGGCGAACUCAAAGUCCCAAGUGAUAAGUAUUAUGGUGCCCAGACAGUGAGAUCUACAUUAAAUUUUAAGAUUGGAGGUGUAACAGAAAGGAUGCCAAUCCCAGUCAUAAAAGCCUUUGGCAUCUUCAAGAGGGCAGCUGCUGAAGUAAACCAGGAUUAUGGCCUUGAUCCAAAGAUUGCUGGUGCAAUUAUAAAGGCGGCAGAUGAGGUAAUAGAUGGCAAAUUAAAUGACCAUUUUCCUCUUGUGGUGUGGCAGACUGGGUCUGGAACCCAAACAAAUAUGAAUGUCAAUGAAGUUAUUAGCAAUAGAGCAAUUGAAAUAUUAGGAGGAAAACUGGGGAGCAAGGAUCCUGUGCAUCCUAACGAUCAUGUCAAUAAAAGCCAGAGCUCAAAUGACAGUUUUCCCACAGCAAUGCAUAUUGCUGCUGCAACAGAAGUCCACGAAGUAUUAUUACCUGGACUGCAGAAGCUUCAUGAUGCUCUAGAUGCCAAGUCCAAAGAAUUUUCCCAGAUAAUUAAAAUUGGGCGUACUCAUACACAGGAUGCUGUUCCGCUUACUCUUGGGCAGGAAUUUAGUGCUUAUGUUCAACAGCUAAAAUAUGGAAUGGCAAGAAUCAAAGCAGCCUUACCAGGAGUAUAUGAGUUAGCUGCUGGAGGCACUGCAGUUGGUACAGGACUAAACACCAGAAUUGGCUUUGCGGAAAAGGUGGCUGCAAAGGUGGCCACCCUUACAGGUUUGCCUUUUGUUACUGCUCCAAAUAAAUUUGAAGCAUUGGCUGCUCACGAUGCUCUAGUUGAACUGAGUGGUGCCAUGAACACUAUUGCCUGUAGCCUAAUGAAGAUAGCAAAUGAUAUUCGUUUUCUGGGUUCUGGUCCUCGCUCAGGCCUAGGAGAGCUGAUCUUACCUGAGAAUGAACCAGGAAGCAGUAUCAUGCCAGGAAAAGUGAACCCUACCCAGUGUGAGGCUGUUACCAUGGUUGCAGCACAAGUAAUGGGAAAUCAUGUUGCUGUUACAGUUGGAGGCAGCAAUGGACAUUUUGAGUUGAAUGUUUUCAAACCAAUGAUAAUUAAAAAUGUCUUAAAUUCAGCAAGACUUCUGGGGGAUGUAUCAGUUUCCUUCGCUCAUAACUGUGUGGUUGGAAUUCAGGCUAACGUAGAAAGGAUCAACAAACUAAUGAGUGAAUCUUUGAUGUUGGUGACAGCUCUUAAUCCUCAUAUAGGAUAUGACAAGGCUGCAAAGAUUGCCAAGACAGCACACAAAAAUGGAUCAACAUUGAAAGAAACAGCUAUUGAACUUGGAUAUCUCACAGCAGAACAGUUUGAUGAGUGGGUGAAACCCAAGGACAUGUUGGGUCCUAAGUAAUAUAUUUAAAUAAGCAUUUGUAAAAAAAAAAAAUAAUAAUAAUUAUUAUUAAACUGUAUUGAAUUUUGAAAGAAAUCUAGCAGCCUC